AUGGCUUGUUUUCCCUCCUUCAGGACCAGCUUGGGGCUGGGCAACGCUUCCGAGCUCAGUGAUGUCUUCUCAAACUGCCUCCUUACAGAACUGCAGAGCAGACAGCCCCAGCAACGCAACUGUGCCAUCUAUCGGCCCUGGUAUUCCCCCUACAGCUACUUUGUGUGCAUGGACAAAGACAGCCAGGUAGACUCCUGCAGCUUCCCUGGUGCUCUCACAGCCAGUAGCAGAGAAGCCCCAGCAGUCACUGACCAAGCUGAGGAGAUUCCCGACAGCAUCUCUUCCUCCUCUGGCUCCCGACAGAAAGCUCGCCCCCGGGAGAACGGCGGCAGGAAGGGCAGGACUGCUCCCAAGGCCAAGGACAGAAUCACUUCCCAGGACAUCCUCCUGGCUUCCAAGUGGCAGCCCCUGCAGCAGAACGGCUUCAAAUGCAUGGCCUGCUGCCGCAUGUUCCCAUCUCUGCACUCACUCAAGACCCACAUCAAGUGUGGCUUGAAGGAAGGAUACAGCUGCAAGGUCUACUAUCAGAAGCUCAAAGCCCUCUGGGAGAAGGAACGCAAGUGCCAGCUUGGCAACGGCCUGGCAGGUGGUGGCAGCCACAGCACCAAAAAAUCCAAGUAG